UGCAGCAGAGAGCGGCGCUGCGAGCGGCUAAGCCUCGUGAUGCGGACGGUGGGGGCCCGCGGAUCAGUUCCCCUCCGCGCUCUCCGUGUCGGCGGAGCUCUUGGCCGCCUCCGCGCUCACCAUGACCUUUGCGUUUGUCAACGAAGGGCAAUGAAGUAGUGUUUCCAGUUAGCUUAUUUCACUCGCGUGUUCUUUUCGUACAUGUAUUUUCCAUCUGUUCGUCCGCCAAGAGACGGUGAAGUCUACAUGAAACUGAAGGAGAGCCAGUGGUUGUAGUGAGGUUUUUUUUUUUUUUUUUUUUUUUUUUUCCCCCCCCCCUUCCCUGCUUCCUGGUGGAUGUGCCCCCAGCUGUGAUUGGGCAUAGGCCAGAUUUGGAGCACAGCCGGUCAGCAUGGCAGACGUGGACCCGGACACCUUGCUGGAAUGGCUCCAAAUGGGCCAGGGGGAUGAGAGGGACAUGCAGCUGAUUGCCUUGGAGCAGCUGUGUAUGCUGCUGCUCAUGUCUGAUAACGUGGACCGCUGCUUUGAGACGUGUCCCCCUAGAACAUUUCUACCAGCACUGUGCAAGAUAUUUUUGGAUGAGAGUGCCCCAGACAACGUACUGGAGGUGACAGCUCGUGCCAUAACCUACUAUUUGGAUGUUUCUGCCGAAUGUACUCGGAGGAUAGUGGGCGUGGAUGGCGCUAUCAAAGCCCUAUGCAACCGGCUGGUGGUGGUAGAGCUAAACAACAGAACAAGCAGAGACCUAGCAGAGCAGUGUGUGAAGGUGUUGGAGCUUAUCUGCACAAGAGAGUCGGGUGCUGUGUUUGAGGCCGGGGGCCUUAACUGUGUAUUGAGCUUCAUCCGGGACAGCGGCCAUCUGGUACAUAAAGACACGCUGCACUCCGCCAUGGCUGUGGUGUCCCGCCUCUGUGGCAAGAUGGAACCCCAGGACUCCUCCCUGGAGACCUGUGUAGAGUCUCUUUCCAGCCUGCUCAAGCAUGAGGAUCAUCAGGUAUCUGACGGGGCCUUGCGCUGCUUUGCAUCUCUGGCGGACCGGUUCACCCGACGAGGGGUGGACCCGGCUCCUCUAGCCAAGCACGGCCUGACCGAGGAACUCUUGUCACGAAUGGCAGCCGCUGGUGGCGGCAUGGUCUCUGGACCUUCUUCCACUUGCAAACCGGGGAGGGCUUCCACGGGUGCCACGCCAUCUGCUGCUGACUCCAAACUGAGCAACCAAGUGUCCACCAUUGUUAGCCUGCUUUCCACACUGUGCAGAGGUUCUCCCCUUGUCACCCAUGACUUGUUGCGCUCAGAGCUGCCAGAUUCCAUGGAGAGUGCGCUGCAGGGCGACGAACGCUGUGUGCUGGACACCAUGCGCCUGGUGGACCUGCUACUUGUGCUGCUUUUUGAGGGCCGCAAGGCUCUGCCAAAAUCCACUGCUGGAUCCACUGGUCGCAUCCCAGGCCUCCGGAGGCUGGACAGUUCUGGAGAGCGCUCUCACCGACAGCUUAUCGACUGUAUCCGCAGCAAGGACACAGAUGCACUCAUUGAUGCCAUUGAUACAGGAGCCUUUGAAGUGAAUUUCAUGGAUGAUGUAGGACAGACCCUUCUAAACUGGGCCUCAGCAUUUGGCACACAGGAAAUGGUGGAGUUUCUCUGUGAAAGAGGUGCUGAUGUCAACAGGGGCCAAAGAUCAUCAUCUCUGCACUAUGCUGCUUGUUUUGGACGACCGCAAGUGGCAAAGACUUUAUUACGACAUGGAGCCAAUCCAGACCUGAGGGAUGAGGACGGGAAGACGCCACUAGAUAAAGCCAGGGAGCGUGGACACAGUGAAGUUGUGGCAAUCCUCCAGUCUCCUGGAGACUGGAUGUGCCCUGUCAACAAAGGGGAUGACAAGAAAAAGAAAGAUUUGAACAAAGAGGAAGAAGAGAGCAAUGAACCCAAAGGGGACCCAGAAAUGGCACCCAUCUACCUAAAAAGGCUGCUUCCAGUAUUUGCACAGACCUUCCAGCAAACCAUGCUGCCCUCAAUUAGAAAAGCCAGCCUGGCUCUGAUCAGGAAGAUGAUCCAUUAUAGUUCUGAGGCACUACUUAAGGAAGUGUGUGACUCUGAUGCGGGGCACAAUCUUCCCACAGUGUUAGUGGAAAUCACUGCCACUGUGCUUGACCAGGAGGAUGACGAUGAUGGGCAUCUUCUAGCACUGCAGAUUAUCAGGGAUCUUGUUGACAAAGGAGGAGAUGUCUUCCUGGACCAGCUGGCUAGGCUAGGUGUUAUCAAUAAAGUGUCCACUCUCGCUGGUCCAGUCUCUGAUGAUGAGAAUGAGGAGGAUAUGAAAUUAGAGAAGGAGGAUGAACCCCAGGAAGAUGCCAAAGAGAUUCAGCAGGGGAAGCCUUAUCAUUGGCGAGACUGGUCCAUCAUCCGGGGCAGAGAUUGCCUCUACAUUUGGAGUGACGCAGCAGCUCUGGAACUCUCCAAUGGAAGCAAUGGCUGGUUCCGCUUCAUCUUAGAUGGCAAGCUGGCCACCAUGUACUCCAGCGGGAGUCCAGAAGGGGGAUCUGAUAGCUCAGAGAGCAGGAGUGAAUUCCUGGAGAAGCUGCAGCGAGCGCGCAGUCAAGUGAAGCCUGCCACCACCAGUCAGCCCAUCCUGUCUGCCGUGGGACCCACAAAGCUGACAGUAGGCAACUGGUCGCUCACAUGCCUCAAGGAGGGGGAGAUAGCUAUUCACAACUCAGAUGGCCAGCAAGCCACUAUCCUGAAAGAGGACCUUCCUGGAUUUGUGUUUGAGUCCAACAGAGGAACCAAGCAUUCCUUUACAGCAGAAACUUCCCUUGGUAAGUUUGUAGGAUCAGAGUUUGUCACUGGCUGGACUGGAAAAAGAGGAAGGAAACUCAAAUCAAAAUUAGAGAAAACAAAACAAAAGGUGAAGACUAUGGCCAGAGAUUUGUAUGAUGAUCACUUCAAAGCAGUGGAGAGCAUGCCCAGAGGGGUUGUAGUGACCCUGAGGAACAUCGCCACCCAGUUGGAGUCUGCGUGGGAGCUGCACACUAAUGGACAGUGUAUUGAGGGAGAGAGCACCUGGAGAGACUUGAUGAAAACUGCCCUGGAAAACUUGAUCGUGGUCCUGAAGGAUGAAAAUACCAUCUCACCCUAUGAAAUGUGUAGCAGUGGCCUCGUACAAGCACUUUUUACCGUCCUCAAUAAUAGUGUAGACCUGGAUGCAAAACACGACUGUAAACCACUGAUGGAGAGAAUAAAUGUAUUUAAAGCAGCAUUCAGUGAAAAUGAAGAUGAUGAAAGCCGACCCGCAGUUGCCUUAAUCCGAAAGCUGAUAGCAGUCCUGGAGUCAAUCGAAAGGCUACCUCUUCAUUUGUAUGAUACACCAGGCUCAUCAUACAACUUGCAGAUUUUGACGAGACGACUGCGGUUCCGUCUUGAGCGGGCCCCAGGCGAGACAGCUCUUAUUGAUCGGACCGGCCGAAUGCUCAAGAUGGAGCCACUUGCCACUGUUGAGUCUCUGGAGCAGUACCUCCUCAAGAUGGUGGCCAAGCAAUGGUACGACUUCGACAGAUCUUCCUUCAUUUUCUUCAGAAAGUUGCGAGAAGGCCAGACGUUUACAUUCAAACACCAACAUGACUUUGAUGAGAAUGGGAUAAUUUAUUGGAUUGGUACUAAUGCAAAGACAGCAUAUGAAUGGGUGAACCCAGCUGCCUAUGGUUUGGUAGUUGUGACAUCAUCAGAAGGACGGAACCUGCCUUAUGGCCGACUGGAAGACAUCUUGAGCCGGGAUAGCUCUGCCCUCAACUGCCACACCAAUGAUGACAAGAAUGCCUGGUUUGCCAUUGAUUUGGGACUAUGGUUCAUCCCCUCAGCUUAUACUCUUCGUCAUGCCCGUGGCUAUGGCCGCUCAGCCCUCCGAAACUGGGUGUUCCAAGUGUCCAAGGAUGGUCAGAACUGGAUGACGUUGUAUACACAUGUGGAUGACUGUAGCCUCAAUGAGCCAGGCUCUACAGCCACCUGGCCCCUGGAUCCACCCAAAGAGGAGAAACAGGGUUGGAGGCACAUUCGCAUCAAGCAAAUGGGGAAGAAUGCCAGUGGGCAAACUCACUACCUGUCUCUCUCAGGGCUGGAGCUUUAUGGGACAGUGACCGGUGUGUGUGAGGACCAGCUAGGAAAAGCUGUGAAGGAGGCAGAGGCCAAUCUGCGUCGACAACGACGCCUCUUCCGUUCGCAAGUGAUGAAGUACAUAGUUCCAGGUGCCCGCGUUGUGCGUGGUAUUGACUGGAAAUGGAGGGACCAGGAUGGGAACCCACCAGGAGAAGGCACAGUCACUGGGGAGGCUCACAAUGGCUGGAUUGAUGUCACCUGGGAUGCUGGUGGCUCAAACUCUUACCGUAUGGGUGCAGAAGGAAAAUUUGACCUCAAGCUUGCUCCAGGGUACGACCCUGAGUCUGCGCCGUCACCCAAACCUGUCUCAUCCACUGUUUCAGGCACAGCGCAGUCCUGGAGCAGCCUGGUGAAAAAUAACUGUCCGGACAAGGGCGGCUCCUCCUCGGCGGCAGGGGCCAGCUCCUCCAGCCGGAAGGGCAGUAGCAGCUCGGUGUGUAGCGUGGCCAGCAGCGGCGAUAUCAGUCUGAGCUCCACCAAACUGGAGCGGCGGGCUGAGAGCCUGCUCGAGCAGGGGGGGGGCAUCGUGGCUGCUGCUCUGGGGGCCGAGACUCAAGAGCCCAUUGUAGUGCUGUCCUCCACUGAGGUCGGCUCUGCCUCCAGCACCAGUACGUUAACCACCGUCACAGGCGGCGAAAGUUCUGAGCGAAAGCCAGGUCCGGACGGAACCUUGCGGCCUUCGGCCGAAUCGUCCGCCAUUUCCAUGGGACUAGUCAGCGUCAGUUCUCCGGAUGUUAGCUCGGUCUCCGAAUCUUCCAGCAAGGAGGUGGCCUCUCAGCGACCCUUGUGCUCUGCGGCCAGCUCCCGCCUGUCAGUGAGCUCGCUGCUGGCAGCAGGCGCUCCCAUGAGUUCCAGUGCCAGCGUGCCCAACCUGUCUUCUCGCGAGGCCAGCCUCAUGGAGUCCUUUGUGCGGCGGGCCCCCAACAUGUCGCGAACCAACGCCACGAACAACAUGAACCUCAGCCGCAGCAGCAGCGAUAACAACACCAACACACUGGGCCGCAACGUCAUGAGCACUGCCACUUCUCCUCUCAUGGGUGCGCAGAGCUUUCCUAACCUCACAACCACUGGUACCACCUCAACCGUUACAAUGUCCACCUCCAUAGUAACCAGCAGCAAUAAUGUAGCCACGGCAACCACAGGUUUGUCCGUCGGCCAAUUGCUCAGUAACACUCUGACGACCAGCCUGACCUCCACUUCUAGCGAGAGCGACACAGGUCAGGAGGCUGAGUUUUCACUCUAUGACUUCCUGGACAGCUGUCGUGCCAACACACUGCUAGCUGAGCUGGAUGAUGAGGAGGACUUGCCUGAACCUGAUGAUGAUGAUGAUGAAAAUGAAGAUGACAAUCAGGAAGAUCAGGAGUAUGAGGAAGUUUUGGAGGAAGAAGAGUAUGAAACCAAAGGGGGUCGUCGCAGGACCUGGGAUGACGACUUUGUGCUGAAGCGCCAGUUCUCUGCUUUAGUCCCUGCAUUUGACCCCAGACCAGGCCGGACGAACGUCCAGCAAACUACAGACUUGGAGAUCCCACCACCGGGUACUCCUCGCUCUGAAGUUCAGGAGGAGGUAGAAUGUGCUCCUUCCCCACGUCUGGCCCUCAUCCUGAAGGUGGCUGGGCUGGGAACCACACGAGAGGUGGAGCUGCCGCUCUCCAAUUACAAGUCCACAAUCUUCUAUUACGUGCAGAAACUCCUUCAGCUCUCUUGUAACGGAAGCGUCAAGUCAGAUAAACUUCGUCGCAUUUGGGAGCCUACAUACACGAUAAUGUACAGAGAAAUGAAGGAUGCCGAUAAAGAGAAAGGAAGGGGAAAGAUGGGUUGCUGGUCUGUAGAGCAUGUGGAACAGUACCUUGGCACUGAUGAAUUACCAAAGAAUGACUUGAUAACCUACAUGCAGAAGAAUGCAGACUCAUCUUUCCUGCGCCACUGGAAAUUAACCGGCACUAAUAAAAGUAUUAGGAAAAACAGAAAUUGUUCUCAGCUCAUAGCUGCAUACAAGGACUUCUGUGAACACGGCUGCCGGUCGUCGGGCCUCAGUCCCAGUUCCAUGGCAGCCAUGCACAGCUGCGACAUUUUGAGCAGCAGUCACGAGCAGGCCCAGGCCAAGGCUGGUUCGGGCCAGAGCGCCUGCGGGGUGGAGGACGUCCUGCAGCUCCUGCGCAUUCUCUUUAUCAUUGGAGGAGACCCCUACUCCAGCCGGACAGUGCAGGAAGAAGUGGAUGAUGUCCAGUUCAAUGCACCGCCUGAGGAAUUCACAAGCAAAAAAAUCACUACCAAAAUUCUACAGCAGAUAGAGGAACCUUUGGCACUGGCCAGCGGUGCGCUCCCUGACUGGUGUGAGCAGCUGACCAGCAAGUGUCCUUUUCUCAUCCCCUUUGAGACCCGCCAGCUGUAUUUCACCUGCACUGCAUUUGGAGCCUCAAGGGCUAUUGUGUGGCUUCAAAACCGCCGCGAAGCCACAAUGGAGCGCUCGCGUCCUUCUACCACAGUACGAAGGGAUGACCCCGGCGAGUUUCGGGUGGGCCGCCUCAAACACGAAAGGGUUAAGGUUCCUCGUGGGGAGAACAUGAUGGAAUGGGCUGAAAGCAUCAUGCUCAUCCAUGCAGACAGAAAGUCUGUCCUUGAGGUGGAGUUCUUGGGAGAGGAAGGGACUGGACUGGGGCCUACACUGGAGUUUUAUGCACUGGUGGCAGCAGAGUUCCAGAGGACGUCCCUUGGUAUCUGGCUCUGUGAUGAUGACUUCCCAGAUGACGAGUCUCGCCAGGUGGACCUGGGAGGGGGCCUUAAACCUCCAGGUUACUAUGUGCAGCGUUCCUGUGGACUCUUCCCAGCACCCUUCCCUCAGGACAGUGAUGACAUGGAACGCCUUAGCAAACUCUUCCACUUUUUGGGCAUUUUCUUGGCCAAGUGCAUUCAGGAUAACCGGCUGGUGGACCUGCCCAUCUCCCAGCCUUUCUUCAAGCUGCUGUGCAUGGGCGACAUCAAAAGCAACAUGAGUAAGCUGCUGUACCAGUCGCGAGGAGAGGCUGACCUGCACUUUUCUGAGAUCCAGUUAGAAGCCUCCACUGAGGAAGGCCAUGACACCUACUCAGUGGGGAGCUUUGAUGAGGAUUCAAAGUCAGAGUUCAUCCUAGACCCUCCGAAGCCCAAGCCUCCAGCGUGGUACCACGGAAUCUUGACUUGGGAGGACUUUGAGCUUGUUAAUCCUCACCGGGCCAAGUUCCUGAAGGAAAUAAAGGAACUAGCUGUGAAGCGCAGACAGAUCCUCGGAAACAAGAGUCUGUCGGAGGAUGAGAAGAACACUCGUCUUCAGGAUCUCAUGCUGAAAAACCCCACAGGCUCUGGGCCCCCUCUGAGCAUGGAAGACCUGGGAUUAAACUUCCAGUUCUGCCCCUCGUCUAAGGUUCACGGAUUUUCUGCAGUGGACCUCAAACCAAAUGGAGAAGAUGAGAUGGUGACCUUGGAUAAUGCUGAGGAAUAUGUGGAGCUCAUGUUUGACUUCUCCAUGCACAGUGGCAUCCAAAAACAAAUGGAAGCCUUCAGAGACGGCUUCAACCGUGUUUUUCCCAUGGAGAAACUUAGCUCUUUCAGUCCCAAAGAGGUGCAGAUGAUCCUGUGUGGGAACCAGUCCCCAUCAUGGACUCCAGAGGAUGUUAUCAACUACACAGAACCUAAGCUGGGCUAUACUCGAGACAGCCCGGGCUUCCUUCGAUUUGUGCGGGUGCUUUGUGGCAUGUCCUCGGAUGAGAGAAAAGCAUUCCUUCAGUUUACUACAGGCUGCUCCACUCUGCCUCCUGGUGGUCUGGCCAAUCUGCACCCACGACUCACUAUUGUCCGCAAGGUGGAUGCAACAGACUCCAGUUAUCCAUCAGUGAACACCUGCGUACACUACCUGAAAUUGCCCGAAUACUCCUCUGAGGAGAUCAUGAGGGAACGCCUGCUUGCUGCCACCAUGGAGAAGGGCUUUCACCUCAACUGACUGUUCAUCCCACUUGACUGUUUCAAACUGGUGAAGCCUGUAGGGUUUUGUUGCAGGAAAAAAAAGCUGUGUCUUCAAAAUCCCAUCCACUUCCCCCAUAUUUUCCUCAAAGCUUUUGGAAUACAGUUCCAUGUUAAUCCUGCUAGCUACAGAUGAAGAUGUGGAGCAAUCCCUUGCCACCUUCAUCACCAAGCCAUGUCCCAGUGCACUUUGUGCUGCUUCAAGGGCUUGAGAGACUGAAAGCUAGGGCAGUUCCUUUGUUUUCUCCAGCAUUAUACAUUUCUCCUCUGGAUGUGAGAGUCUUUGUAAAAUCUCACCGUGUUCACUAGGAUCUCACACAUCACUUCUGUCCACAUCCUUCCUCUGGGGCUGGUGGGGAGGUUGUCAAGCACCUGCUUCUGUAGAGCUGUAACUGUAGAGUGUUUGGGCAUUUCUCAACAGCUUUUAAGUUCUACUAGUGCCUGCACUGUAUUAGAUUUUUCCUUUUUAUCUUAUCAGCAUACAAUCAUGCUCAGCUACAUUUUUUUCCCUUUUUUGCUUCCGUUACUGUGUGAGUACAUUUUGAUUGUUUACUGCCCUGCUAUCAAAUUCAUGAGUGCAUUUGUGUAAUUUUACAAUAAAGCUAUAGAGACAUAA